AUGGCGGCGGCCGUCUGUGGUCGGCCGGUGGUCGGGGCGCUGAGGGCAAGGGCGGCCCCGGGGGGCGUCCUGGGCUCGGGGGGGCCCCGGCGCAGCGCCUACGAAUGGGGCGUGCGCUCCACGCGCAAGCGCGAGCCGCCGCCGCUGGACCGCGUGUACGAGAUCCCGGGUGUGGAGCCCGUGACGUGGGCCGGCCUCCUGCACCGGCAGCCCGGCCUGGCCAGGCCCGUGUUCCCGCCGUGGGAGCGCGGCUGGGAGGACCCGAGGCGGCCCAGGCCGAUCCCGCGAGACACCCACCCCCUGCGGCGUGAGGUGCCCUGCCACGUGAUGCACCAGCGCUGCCGCCUGCUCGAGGGUGUAAAGCAAGCGCUGUGGCUCACCAAGUCCAAGUUAAUAGAAGGCCUCCCAGAGAGAGUGCUCAGGCUGGCCGAAGAGCCAGCAAGCCAUAUCGAGAACCAGGAUGAGCAGGUCCGGAAUGCCAUCUGUCACGCACGCCUGUGGCAUUCCACUGAGGACAUCCCCAAGAGAGAGACGUACUGCCCUGUCAUUGUGGACAGUCUUAUACAGCUGUGUAAGACGAAGAUUCCCCAGUACCCUGCCCUGACCAGGAGGAUCCAGGCCAGGGACUACAUGCUGUCGACGUCGUGGCAUCGAGAAUCCAUUUUCCUUCAGAUCCGUGGUCUUAACGGGAUUCGUUUGAGUGCCAAGGAUCCUUUACUGCCAGUCGCGUGUCAGGAAGAGGUCCAGGCUACAGAGAAUCACGUCCUGGAGACCUUCUUCCCCAUAGCGCCAACCAUUAAUCUUCAGGAAUGUGAUGUUUAUCAUGUGAGAGAUGACACAGGUUUCCACGAAGGCUACCCUUACCCCCAUCUGCACACUGUGUACUUCAUGGAGGCAGCCAAUAAUCGCCGGGCCCGGUUUCGACCUGAGCAGCUUCGAGCCAAGAUGAUCAUGUUCGCCUUUGGCAACGCCCUGGCUCAGGCCCGGGCUCUGUAUGGGGAGGAGGCCCAGGUGCUGGAGCAGCCCAUAGUGGUGCAGAGCGUUGGCACGGAUGGCCGCGUCUUCCAGUUCAUGGUGUUCCAGCUGAACACAACAGACCUGGCUUCCAAUGAUGGGAUCAAGAACCUCAUCUGGAUGGAUUCUGACCAGCUUCUCUAUCAGCAUUUUCGAUGUCUGCCAGUCGUUAAAAGGAAAGUCGUCGUGGAACCUGUUGGAAUUAUUGAUUAUCAGCCCGGAACUUUCAGGAAGUUUUUAGCAAUGUACUUGCACGGUGCAGUCUGAGCGCCAGCCCUCGAACUGUCCAAAGACCUUGCUGGAACACAGAGGCAGCCCUGGGCUCCUGGUGGCAGCCCUAGCCCACAUCUGGACCCAAUCUCCUGGAUGACAAUAAAGAGCUAUUUAUAUCCA